AGCACUUAAGUUGGCCACCAGGAAAAGAUAGAGUGAUGAGUGGAACGCAUAAGUUGCAUAGCAUCUUUUACAGGAAAGUAGGUACCUAAUAGCAUUCGUAAACCUAUAAACUGUAGAAUAAUUUGGUCUCUGUACAACCAAAAUCCAGCCUCAUCUUUUUGUUUGGUUCUGUGUAUAUACACAUCAUUUGCAUGGUCAUUGACAGAAUUAUUGCCUCAUUAACAGCUGAAAAUUUUCCUUCUCAGCUCUCUCUUUAACAAAAGAACAAAAUAUCACUCUUUUCACUUCAUGCUGGAACAUCCAUUUUUGGAGUCAGAUUGUGAAAAUGAUUCUUCGGUGUAGAGUUUAUACUGACGAGUUAAUGGAGAUAAGUACUUUCGAUCUCAUUUACUUCCGAUCUGUGUUAACUCGGUUGGAGUAGGAAGUAUUGUAGAUAGGUAACAACUAACAAGUUGGAAGCAAAAUUUUGUAGAGGGAAGAAUGGAUGAUCUGGAACCUGCGGAAUCUGCAGAAUCUUCCAAAUCAAUUUCAUUAUGGGAAAAAAUUUCAACCUGGAAGACUCGGAUUAUAGAAGCGUAUAGAAGAAAGUCAAUCUCACACUGGAUUCUUCUCCUUCUAAGCACUGCAGCAAUGCUCAUAGCAUUUCCUGCUUCAAGUAUUUUAUCUCGUGUUUAUUAUGCUAAUGGAGGUACAAGCAAAUGGAUCAUUUCAUGGGUUGCAGUUGCUGGUUGGCCUCUUACUGCUAUAAUUCUGUUUCCCACUUAUUUCUAUUGCAGAACUUAUCCUACUCCCCUCACUUUAAAACUCAUUCUUGCUUAUAUUGUGCUCGGAUUCUUAAGCGCUGCCGAUAACCUGAUGUAUGCAUAUGCCUAUGCCUAUCUCCCGGCAUCAACUUCUGCACUUGUGGCUUCAUCAUCUCUGGUAUUUUCUGCUUUGUUUGGAUAUCUAAUUGUCAAAAACAAACUGAAUGCUGCAAUGAUUAAUGCCAUUGUGAUUAUUACGGCUGCAAUGGUCAUAGUUGCGUUGGAUUCAGAUUCUGAUAGAUAUGACAACGUAAGCGACAGUCAGUAUUUCAUGGGGUAUUUAUGGGAUAUUCUGGGAUCUGCUCUGCACGGUCUGAUAUUUGCGCUUUCGGAAUUGCUUUUCGUCAAGUUAUUAGGGAGAAGAUCGUUCCAUGUCGUAUUGGAGCAACAGAUCAUGGUGUCAUUAUUUGGCUUUAUUUUUACUACAAUAGGAGUCAUUGUGAAUAAAGACUUUCAAGAAAUGAAAUCUGAGGCGAAAACGUUUGUAGGUGGCGAGACUGCUUAUGUAUUAGUUCUCGUCUGGGGCACGAUUACGUUUCAGUUGGGGAUAUUAGGAGCCACUGCUGUGCUUUUCCUAGCUUCCACUGUACUGGCUGGUGUUCUGAAUGCUGUGAGGGUACCACUCACAAGUGUUGCUGCUGUAAUUAUACUGCGUGAUCCGAUGAGUGGUUUCAAGAUUCUGUCUUUGAUCGUAACGUUCUGGGGAUGCAUCUGUUACAUCUACGGAAGCUCUUAUCCAACUAAAAUUUCCUCAUUAUAACUUGGUGAGGUUCUAUUACUCUUAAUCAGUUUUUCCUCAUUAAUUAGUAUGGCAUGCAUACAGUAUAUAAUUCUUAUCAAAUAUUUAUAAAGUAAGUGAUUUUUAAUCUUGAGAAAAGUUUGUUUUUUCCUCAUAGUAACUUUGUUGAUUAAGUGAUCAAUAUUUGUCAAAACAGUGUACAUUCUUAGCAAUAGUAAAUAUGGUUUACUAUAUUA